AGAAAUGAAAUGCAUGUCAACACGUACGAAUGCUAAAUAAUUAUCAUGCCGAUGUACAGCGCAUUACGUCUCUCUGUACACGCGCCAAUCUAGGGUUUCAUCUUUCAUCUCAAUUUCAAUCUCAUUCUCAAUCUAAGUCUCCUUCAAUAUCGAGGUUUUGGUACACCUACGGAUUCGGGCUCGGUUGAGCUUCAAUUCUUGCGAUUGCGGCACUGGAUUUUUUUUUUUUUUUUUUUUGCCCUUUGUUUGGGUACUGGGAAAGUUGAGGGAAAGUAAAGAAAAGAAAAUGAUGGGGUUUUGAAUUGCUGGUUUAGUCGUUGUGUAACUUGUGUUGGGUGGAGGUUUCGGUUUCCUCCGGAGAUUCCGGUUUUCUGCGGCGACCUGACGGGGAUUGUCCAUUGUGGAAGUGAGCGGCUUCAGCUGAUUCUGGGAAGAUCUGACUAAUUUGGACAGGUUUGGGAGCUUUAAUUAGAGUGGCAAUGGCCAGGAGCUUUAAGUGAGAGCAGAAUGGUAAGUUCUGGGAAUAAUUCAAAUCGAGGGAGUUCUAUGUUGCCAGCGGAUAUGCCACCAUUGCCCCAUUGUCUGCCAUUAGAGCCGAUUACAUUAGGUAAUCCGAAAUAUACCCGAUCAGGAGAGUUGAGAAAAGUUCUUGGAGUUUCUCUCGGAAGUACAUCAGAGGAUCACUCAUUUGGAGUUGCUCACUCUAAGCCUUCUCCUCCCGUGGCAACAGAGGAGCUAAAACAUUUUAAAGAAAGCAUCAUAGAUACCCGUAAAAAGGCCAGGGAUAGAGUAAAAACGUUUCGGGACUCCAUAUUCAAAUUGGAUAAGUAUAGGGAGGCGCUAGGCUCAAAAAAGCGUCAACGAACUGAUCUAAGUGAAAGAUCAGGUGGAGCAAACUUGUUGAAGGUGGGAAGUCAAAUUUCUAGGAACUCUCAUGAUAUUGCAACUCAAAGGUUGGAGGAGCGAACUAAGAAUGUUGUCUUGAACAAGCGUGUUCGCACAUCAGUGGCAGAUGCACGGCCAGAGGGUAGGGCCAUGAUCAUUUCAAGACAGCAGAUGGUCAAGGAAAAGGAUCGAGAUUUGCUCAAGGCUGGUGUUGGGGCCUCUGUUCAGAUUGAAGAAAAGGUCAACAGACUGCCUGCUGGAGGUGAAGGAUGGGAUAAAAAAAUGAAAAGAAAGCGUUCUGUAGGAGCUGUAGUUAGUCGAGUCCUAAAUGGUGAUCGAGAUACAAAACGAGCUAUACAUCCAAGGCUGAAUGCUGAAUCUAAGUUGCGAUCUGGUGAUGCUCAUAGUUUCAGAUCUAGAUCUUCUCCUGGUGUUAGUGGAAUGAACAAGUCAGAGGAUUCUUCUGAGCCUGCUAGUUCUAAUGCCUGUACUGUUCGUAGGAAUGAGCUUGACAGUGUCCCUCUUCUAAGGGAACGUACAACUGCAAUGGAGCAGAGAAUUGUUGCCAAAGGAAACAAUAAUUGCAGGCCGAAUAUUCAUGAAGACAACCCUGGAGGCAGUCCUAGUAGAGUGAUAAAAGGGAAGAUUUCGAGAGCACCACGAACAGGUUCUGUCAUGAUGGCUGACUCAUCUCCUGAUGUUCACUCUUCAUCUGGAGCUCUUGAAGGUUGGGAACAGCCUAGCAUAACCAAAGUCUCUCUUUUGGGAGUGGUAAACAACCAGAAACGCCCGUUGUCUACAGCUUCAUCUUCUCAACCCAUGGCACAGUGGGUUGGCCAGAGACCACAUAAAAUUUCACGAACGAGAAGAGCAAGUCUUGUAUCUCCUGUCUCAAAUCAUGAUGAAGCUCAGGUUUCAUCUCAAGGCUUUGUACCUUCCGAUUUUAGUGCUAAGAUUUCUUCCAAUGGAACCAUUGGGGCAAUAAUUUCUAGUGGUGUAGAUAAUAAUAUCCCAAAGUUUAAAAUAGAGCUUGAGAAUGUUCCAUCUCCGGUUGGAUUAUCUGAAAGUGAAGAAUCAGGAGCUGGGGGAAACAAGUUAAAAGAGAAAGGAAAUGAUAGCAGUGAGAAUGCAGUGGAUGCAGUUCACAAAGUUGGGUCUUUUAUAUUGCCUACUAGAAAGAAUAAAAUCAUCAUUAGAGAAGAAGUUGGAAGUGGUAUGCAGAAACAAGGAAGGAGUGGAAGGGGUUCAUCCUUAUCCAAGCCAAACAUUCCUCCAAUGAGGGAGAAGUUAGAGAACCGGCCAACAGAAAAGCCACUUCAGACCAUGAGGCCUGGUUCUGAUAAGAAUAAGAGUAAAUCAGGCCGCCCACCUUCAAAAAAGUUGACAGAUCGGAAGACUUUUACUCGUGCUGGGCAGGUGUUGAACACUGGUUCCUCAGAUUUCACAGGUGAAUCAGAUGAUGACUAUGAAGACUUAUUAGCAGCUGCCAAAGCUGCCAAUAACACUAGCAAUAUGGCUUGUUCUAGUCCAUUCUGGAAGAAAAUGGAAUCUUUUUUUGCUUCUGUCAGCUUGGAAGACGUUUCCUACCUGAAGCAGCAGCUAAGGCUUGCAGAGGAGCUUGAUGGGAGUCUUUCUCAGAUGUUUGGCCUGGAAUUUGAUGUUUUGACGAGGGACUCUGGUGAUAGACAAGGAAGCCUCUCAAAUCAAGAAUCAUCUAAGGCUGAUGCUUCAUGUGGAACAUUCGACAUGAGAUGGAGGUUGGACAAGGUUACUCCCAUGUACCACAGAGUUCUCUCUGCUUUGAUUGAAGAGGAUGAAAGUGAAGAACUUUAUCACAACAGUGAAGGAAAAAAUCUAUCUUUUCAAUAUGCAAGUGAUGAUUCUCACUGUGGGUCAUGUAACCAUUUUGACGGUGAACUUAAAGAUAGGGAUAGGGUGGAAUUCGAGGUUGAAUCCAAAGAGGAUUCUCAGAGUCAGAAAAGUUCUUUGUUGGACAGAUACUCUUCUGAUCGGAGUGUUGCAUCUAACACAAUUAGGAAUCAAAGCCUGUCCAAUUCUUUAUAUAACAAUGAGCAGUCACAAGGAGAUGAUGGCUUAUCGCAUUCAGAUGUGGGGUUUAUCGGUGAUAUUUGUCAGAAUGAUCUGGGUACACCGCAUCCUAGGCAAAUAAAUAAUUCUGGCGUUUCUUCUUUUGACUGCCAAUAUCAGCUAAUGUGUCUGGAUGACAGGCUUCUGCUGGAGCUACAGAGUAUUGGCUUAUAUCCAGAGACAAUGCCUGAUUUAGCUGAGGGAGAGGAAGGGAUUAAUCAAGAGAUUGUGACACUUAAGGAGAAACUGUAUCAACAGGUUGGGAAAAAGAAGACGAAUAUGGGGCAAAUUGAUAAAGCUGUUCAAAAUGGGAGGGAUUUUGAAAGAAGGGAUAUUGAACAGGUUGCAAUGAAUCAACUUGUUGAGAUGGCUUACAGAAAACGACUGGCUUGCCGGGGGAGCAGUGCUUCAAAAAGUAUGAUGCGCAAGGUCUCAAAACAAGUUGCCAUGGCUUUUGUUAAGCGCACUCUUGGUAGAUGUCGGAAAUUUGAAGAUACAGGAAGGAGUUGCUUUAGUGAGCCUGCAUUGCAAGAUAUCAUUUUCUCAGUUCCGUCAUGCAACAGUGAUGCAAAAUCCGCUGAUUGUGUUGGCUCAGGAACUGCUAGCAAUACAUACAAUGAAGCUUGUAACCAUCAACCAGAAGCAUUGGGAUCUGUCACAGGUGCUGUUUCAAGCAAUCUUGAGAGACAGGAUUCUCACAGUGAUAAUCUUGAGAGAGAUUCUUCACAUGUUGUUCAAGCUAUAACUCAUUCGAGUGGACAAGUUUUUCUCAGGGCAAAGAAGAGGGAAAUGCUGCUUGAUAAUGUUGUUGGCAGCACUGUCCCCAGUGGAGUGAAGGGAAAGAGUAGUGAGAGGGACAAUUCUGUAUCUGGAGCUGGUCGCUCUUCAUUGGGCAGCUCUAGGAGUGAGCGCAAAACAAAAAAGCCCAAGGAAAAGACAAACGGGCUUCACGGCAGUUCUGCAGAAGCAGGGCAUACUUCAUCUCCAUCUGUUGGUGGGUUCAGUCAAUCAGCCGCUAAUGCUAGCAAAAAAGCAAGCAGAGAAGCUGGGUUGGUUUCUCCUGGAAACAAUCCCCAGGGUUCAUCCAAAGAGGCAGAGGAACCCAUUGAUUUUUCAAACUUGCAGCUACAUGAAUUAGAUUUAGAACUUAGUGUAUCCAAUGACCUUGGUGGGCAUCAAGAUCUCGGUUCUUGGCUAAACUUUGAUGAAGACGGCCUGCAAGAUCAUGAUUCCAUGGGUCUUGAAAUACCGAUGGAUGACCUCACAGAUCUAAAUAUGAUCAUGUAGAGGCUAUAUUUCAUUCACCCCUGUUCAUUUUGGUAGUUAAAAUCCUGGAAGUGUGGUUAAGACGGAAGCAAUUAGUUAAAGCUGAGGCAUGGGGAUAGAAACUUGUAAUUUUGAUUCAUUUUUUCUACUGCAUAUCUCUUCUCAAAGAUGGUGUGACCACUUACUCCUGGUUUGUUUAUGUAAUCCUGACAAACUCGCUCCUAAUGCUGGAAACCUUAAUUCUUUUUUCCACAAUAUUUGCUUAGCACGUCUUUUGGUUC